AUGUCGGCCAUCGCGAAGGAGUUCACGGGGCUCACGCUGAGGGAUGUCGUGACGUGGAACCGCCCGGUCGCGUCUAGCGUCAUUUUUUGCUUCUUCUUUACGAUGUGGGCCAUCUUCGUCUUUGCCGAGUACACGCUGACAACGUUUGUGUCUCGCAUCGUCUCCAUUCUCCUCAUCGCUGGUGCCGCCGCUGCCGUGACGAAGCGUACCAUCGUGACGUCGCCCGAUGACGUGACCGCUAGCAUGGACCGUGCCUACGAGUCUGUGCGCCCGUGCGUGACCAAGUUGGUGGACUGCACGAUCUCCCUCCUCACGUGGCGUGACUACGUGGCGUCUGCCAAGUUCUUCAUGGGCACCCUUGUGAUGGCCUUCCUCGGCAACUGGAUGAGCGACACGACACUGAUGCUGGUCAUCCUUAUCGUUGCCUUCACAGCCCCGGUGGCAUAUCAGAAGAAGCAGAAGGAGAUCGAACACGCAAUGAAGCAGGUGCGCGCCUACAUUGACAAGUGGCUCGGCAUGCUCAAGACGCACGGAGAGCCCAAGAAGGCGUCAGUGGAGCAGCAGCUUGAGGACAUGGAGCGCAAGGCCCAGUAA